CUCACCCGCGCCUUCCGCAUCAAGGAGCCCCCGAAGCCCAAGCAGGUGGAUCGCUGGACGGAAAAACGGGCCUUGUUCGGGGUCUACGACAACGUGGGGAUCCUGGGUGGCUUCCAGAUCCACCCGAAGAACCUCAUUAUAGGGCCCAAGUGGCUGCGAGGCUGGCGGGGGAAUGAGCUGCAGAGGGGCAUCCGCAAGAGGCAGGGGGGGGGGGAUCGGAUGUUU